GAAGAUGUGGUAUCUAUCAAUUGGUUGCCCAUUUUCUUGAACCGCUUUUGAGUCCUCUCUGUGGGUGGUUAAACAAACUCAAUGCGGGUUACCUGUGCCGUCUAUCUUCUCCUGCCCGACUAGAGAAAGAUCACCUCAGCAUCAAUGGUUAUGGUAUUGUUAAAAACUCAAUUCUUUAUUUAUUCGUCUUGAGACAACUGGCCGGUACAAAGUUUAAGUGAUUGGAGAGACACAAUGGCAGGAUAAAUGUAGUAGUAUUGUUUCAUAGAGAUCCUGUUGAGUGGUACAAGGUAGUCCGUUUGGGAAUUCUUUCCAAGCUUGGUUAUGACUGCUCAGCAAAUCUGUCCUGUACCUUGUUGAAGUUGAAGGGAUUAAGAGAGAUGGUGGAUUCUUUCAGAUGUGGUCUUCAAGUUCCAUGGAAAUCAUGUUGACUGGUAUUUUCUAGUGUAUUCCUUUGCAAGGGACAUUAGUCCUCUUGGACAUGGAGAAGCGAUUAGAGAAAGUGGGACUCUAGUAGUCUUGUUCCAUGGUCGUCAUGUUAGAGUGGUACAGGUUGCAGACAACUUCUCCAGUGCUAUUUUAUCUUCGUUGAACACAACCAGCCAUAACUUGCUUCCUUGGAAUUGCAGUGAUCUCAGACACAGGUUGUGACGCAACAUCACUAAGCUGCAAUAAAUAGAAACCACGUUGGGUGCCUUUUCAGGACUGAUUAUCGGUCUUCUAGGAAGCAUAUGAUUACUCUCUUGAAGUUUAGUGGUGAUUGGAGCCAUAAGGCCUGCUGUGAUAUCUUAUAUUCAGGUUUCAAAGAAAUAUAACUAGGGCUAUCGUUUGGACUCCUUUCCAGAAGGAUGCAGGAACAACGCAGUUUAAGGUGGUUAAGAGCGAUUCAGAAGCAUUUCAGAAGCUUCCUGAGGUGAAACUGGACUUGUCUCACGAAUGUAGCUUGUUGAAUAUUCUAGAAUGCUUUCUUGAUUGGUAUUGAUCCGGCUAGCUAUGAUGUGGAGUCAAGCAUGUUCUGGCUCAGGUUUUCUAAUACCUUCUGGCUUUCUCUCUACAUCUGGGGGUAUGUUCGCGAAUAUGCUUCUUGUCAUGAUGGCUACUACAACAAUAUUCAUUACCUCUGAAGAAUUCAAGCUUUUUCACAACAUAGACAGGAGGCUCUACACCCACCUCACAAAAGACCUCUAUCGUGACCCUGUGGAAUCCAUGCGCGUUAUGGCCUUGUGGCUCUGGUUGGAGCGAUCUAGCUGCUUCACCAGGAUCAUCAAAAGGAUUCUGUCCCUACCCCUCAUUCUCAUAAAUGAACUUGCUGAUGAGGCAGUCACAUGCCUCAAUUGUCUCACUGCAAACCCCUUCCUUAUCUUGUCUGACUCAAACGAUAUCCCCCUCACCCAAAACCUGAUGAGCAAUGAAAUCACUCUCCAAUACUUCCAUGAAAACCGCCUCACUGCAAUUCAAGGCAUUACAAAGACGAUAACCGAAGUUUGUGUUAGGGCUUUGUCAGACAUUAUGCAUGAAGCCAUGGAGAGAAAUUCUGCCCAGAAUUUGGCUGAAACACAGAUGCUCGUGUCAAGCCUGGUUCAACCGGGGUUCGAUCGCUUGAGAAUUGGCGAAUUUGAGAUAAGGGCUAAACCACCACACGAGGUGACAGUGGUCCACCCGGAUGAUAGGACCAUGUUUGUCACCUUUUCCAAGGGUUAUCCUGUGGGUGAAAGGGAGAUCAGGGAGUUCUUCACUCAGAUCUAUGGGGAUUGCAUUGAGUCUCUCUACAUGCAAGAAGUGCAAGUGGGCGAACAGUCCUUGUUCAGUAGAAUUGUGUUCUAUUCCCCCUCCUUCAUCGAUCUGAUCCUCAAAGGCGAGGGGAAAGUCAAGUUCACUAUCAAUGGGAAGCACGUGUGGAUGCGAAAGUUUGUACCCAAACACCGUGCCCUGCUACCCCCUCCGCUGCUGCUGCGACCUGGUGUGAUAGGCAGUUCCUAUCCUCGGAGUGCGUAACGUUAUAUGGUUUCAUAAAUGUCCUCUGUUUGUAGCUGAAGUACUAAUGUUCCCAUUUUGAAAACUAUGGAAGUCCAUGGCUAGGACUCUAUGUUGUAGCAGGGAUGGGACUAUCAAAAAAAUAAGAAGAUCUAGAUGAACUUGUUAUAUGAAUUUUAAUGUUGAAGUUGUACUAAUGUUCAGUAGUGUGCGCCUUAUGUUUUUUUCUACUAA